GUCAUGCUGAAGGAGAAAGAUGUCGACUUCCAGCUUUGCAUGCUCGGACUCGUGGAGGACGCAACGGCUCGCUCCAGCUUGGCCAAGGAGGAGGUCGAACGGCGUCUGGGAGUGACCUCGUGGGUCACGAAGCGCGUCUAUGAGGACUUUCUCCUUAGCACCUUGCGGCAGGAUCUCGCCAUCGCCGUCCGACAGCGACUGUUGCGAUACGACGGGAGUGGCUUUACCUGCGAGGGCUGCGAGCAGAUGGAGGAGAUGGCCUUUUUGCAGAAGGACCUGCUGAGCCUCAUCGAAG